AUGUCGGAUCCUGACGCCGACAUCUACAUACACAUAGGAAUAAAUAAUAACAAAAGGCAUUAUGCCAGACAGCUAGUGCCUGACGCUGACCAUCCAAGACCCACGACGACAGCAGUUAUUCUGAUCUCCAAGGAGAUAGUACUGGCAUCAGCUUUGGACAUUGAUUACUAUCCUAAGAAUGAUUUCAGAUUUCUAUCACGCGUGGUGCUAGGCAAUAACUGCAGCGGUCCAUUCUUUCGUGUCAGAGACUAUACCUUUAGCCCCGACUUUACUCGCACCACGUACAGUUCACUAGCUAUCGUGCACUUGGACACCAUUCGUCACGAACACGUAAUGUUCCCCAUCUGCAGCCCACCACAGGAGUUCUCUAAUGGAGAAGAAAUUUACGCAAUGACUUUAUUUAAUGAUUGUUACAACAGCUCAAUGGUCAUGGUUCACAAGAUGGAUUAUGUGGACACCACGCACUGCCACGACUAUUAUAGGAGAGUUGAGUUGGACAUAGAGACCAUGUGGCCCAUUCACCUGGUGUGCGCGAAGGGUGUGAAGGGAGGUCACUGCAUCUGGCGCAGUGGCACCGCCCUCGUCAUUCGAGACGAUGGACAGUGGAAAUUGCUCGGUCUUGGUGUCUACGGUCCUGGCUGUCAAUCCCCGUCCAGGUUCCUGGACUACGGCAUGUACCACUACUGGGUGCAGCGCAGUAUCACCAGAAUUGGACAGCCUGCCAUCACCAGGAUAGCACCAAACCAUCUGAUAGUCCGGAGAACAACAACAAAUAUCCCAAGAUUCGGUCACUGCGACCCCGAAGAGCAAAGGAUGGAGAUCUUCUCAGACAGGACCACUGUCGUGCCACCUUAUACGGAGUUCGGAGAGUUUGACCAAAUAGCUAAUGUUUAUUAUAAUGUGACGUUACUCCAUAACGUGGACUAUCACUGCAUAAUAAUCAAAGUUUGGCACGUGUUUAAAACUACUGCGACCCCUGUGAUGACGAUACAUCGUUUUAAAACGAAACCUGAAGAAAACACGACGAGAUCCGACAUACAUUAUUUCGUUGAUAUAAAGUCAAGACAGACUUGUACGUUUGAAGUGAUUGCUUACGGAGCUGCCGUUCAUCCAGAAGAGGAGAUUGAAUUGGAUUAUACAAUACCUACAUAAUUAACUGCUAGUAAGCAGUAAAUAUAUUGACAGAAAUAUAUGAUUUUAAGUGCCAUUGUAGUAUUGAAUAGUUUCUUCAUAAGUUUGUUUUUAGCCAUAAGUACUGUUCAAAUAUCUUACU